AAUCACAGCGGCCGCGGCGGCGACACCCCCGCACGCAGCGCGGGAUUUUCGUUCUUGUGGAGUGAAGAAAGAGGAGAGAUGAUAGUGAAAGCAGCCGUUCUGUUGGCCUGUGCUCUGAGCAUCAAUGCAUUUCCCCUGGAAGAGCCUGAAGAUGGAGGCAAGCACUGGGUGGUGAUUGUCGCAGGUUCAAAUGGCUGGUACAACUACCGGCACCAGGCAGACGUGUGCCACGCAUACCAGAUUGUCCACAGAAAUGGCAUUCCAGAUGAACAGAUCAUUGUCAUGAUGUACGAUGACAUUGCAGAUAGUGAUGAAAAUCCAACAAAAGGCAUCGUCAUCAACAGACCUAAUGGCACAGAUGUGUAUGCAGGAGUACCCAAGGACUAUACAAAGGAGGAUGUUACUCCAAAGAAUUUCCUUGCUGUUCUCAGAGGGGAUGCAGAAGCAAUGAAGGGAAAAGGAUCAGGAAAAGUACUGAAAAGUGGUCCCAAGGAUCACGUGUUUGUUUAUUUCACUGACCAUGGAGCUCCAGGACUGCUGGCUUUUCCCGAUGACGACCUUCACGUGAAGGACUUGAAUAAGACCAUUUGGUACAUGUACCAUCACAAAAAAUACCAAAAGAUGGUAUUUUACAUUGAAGCAUGCGAGUCUGGAUCUAUGAUGAAUCAUUUACCAGAUAAUAUCAAUGUUUAUGCAACAACUGCUGCCAAUCCCAGAGAAUCAUCUUACGCAUGUUACUAUGAUGAUGAAAGGCAGACUUACCUUGGUGACUGGUACAGUGUGAACUGGAUGGAAGAUUCUGACAUGGAAGAUCUAAGGAAAGAAACACUCCACAAGCAGUUUCAACUGGUGAGGAGACGCACCAACACCAGCCAUGUGAUGCAGUAUGGAAACAGAAGCAUCUCCUCUAUGAAAGUGAUGCAGUUUCAGGGCAUGGGGAAGAAGGCUACCCCCAUUUCUCUGCCACCUGUAAAACACUAUGACCUGACUCCUAGCCCUGAUGUCCCUCUUGCAAUCAUGAAACGAAAGCUGAUGGCUACUAACGAUAUUUAUGAGGCUAAGAAGAUUGCAACAGAGAUGAAAGCACACUUGGAGGCUAAAGAAUUUAUCCAGGAAUCUAUGCGAAAGAUUAUCACCUUAGUAACAGGAUCAAGAGAAAAGACCAACCAAGUUCUGUCAGACAGGUUGACCAUCAGCAAUUAUGACUGCUACCAGGCAGCAGCCAACCACUUCAAAGCUCACUGCUUCAACUGGCAUUUUCCUGUGUAUGAAUAUGCAUUGAGACAGCUCUACGCAUUGGUCAAUGUUUGUGAAGGAGGAUAUCCCAUUGACAGAAUACGCCUGGCCAUGGACAAAGUGUGCCUUGGAUUAGUGUAAACCUCAAAUUAGUGGAAACAACAGCCCUUAGUCCUUAGGCCCUUACUACAAACAAUAACUUUCCAUAAGUGUAAUAAUCCAGACUUUACAUGCAUGCAACACGAAGAGGGUCAACCACUGCAUGAGUCAAGUACUGUGUUGGGCAGCUGCCCGUGAGCAAUACAGCAGUUCAGUGCUCUGCCCUGCCUCGCUCGCGCUCUGGGGGUUCAGCAGAGCACGUGGAGCUUCUGAGGUGGAUCAUCUGUUCCAAAGUGCAAUGCUUCAAGCCUCUCUGGAUGAACACUGCAAGGCAUCUAGUGAUGAUUCUAGUUUAUGCUAAAUUUAAGUUUUGAUUCCUUACAGAAUUUUUUUUAUUAGCAUUAACUGUUAGCUCUUUUUAAAGAAAUAUUAAUGAACAUCCAUUUACAGUGACUAAGUUGCAAUGUGGUUGAAAAGAAACCAAAGUUCAUUAUUUCAGCUUUAACUCCUUUAGAGUUUAAAGGGAUGAGCUGUAUUCAAGAAUUAUCAUAUGUGUUAAGCUGUGGACAGCAAUGGACAACAAGAGCUUUUGUGGGUAGAAAACAUUGUUUCCCAAAGAAAAACACAACUACUAAUGCUGUAAUUUUAUUGUCAGUGUGAGAUAAGUAAAUGUAUGUACACCCAAACCUGUGGGAAGUCAGAGUACAGAAUUUGCCUGUGAAUAAAAGCAAAAGUUGGGAGUUCCAUCCAACCUUCAGGGCAAUGCAGUGUUAUAUACCUCAUCUCUUAGACAAGUAAGAGCUAACUCCUUUUGUGAGACUGGAUUAAAUGGUUAUCUACCCCUCUGAGUUAUUUAUAAGGGAGACCAUCUCAAACAAAAUUUCC